UGCACCGUGCCUGCGCUGAGUCGGACGGAGCACGGAUUGUAAAAUGGCCGAGAAGCAGAAGCACGAAGGCAGGGUCAAGAUAGGACACUACAUCCUCGGGGACACGCUCGGAGUCGGCACGUUUGGCAAAGUGAAGAUUGGAGAGCACCAGCUAACAGGCCAUAAGGUUGCUGUUAAGAUCCUGAACAGGCAGAAGAUCCGCAGUCUAGAUGUGGUCGGCAAAAUCAAACGAGAAAUCCAGAACCUCAAGCUGUUCCGGCAUCCACACAUUAUCAAGCUCUAUCAGGUGAUUAGUACUCCCACAGACUUCUUCAUGGUGAUGGAGUAUGUAUCUGGAGGAGAGCUCUUUGAUUAUAUCUGUAAGAAUGGAAGGGUAGAGGACACUGAAGCUCGCCGUUUGUUCCAGCAGAUCAUUUCCGCAGUGGACUACUGUCACAGACACAUGGUGGUGCACAGAGACUUGAAACCGGAGAAUGUUCUUCUGGACGGCAACAUGAACGCCAAGAUUGCUGACUUUGGCCUUUCAAACAUGAUGUCAGAUGGCGAGUUUUUAAGAACAAGCUGCGGUUCACCUAACUACGCUGCUCCAGAGGUCAUCUCUGGAAGACUGUAUGCAGGUCCAGAGGUGGAUAUCUGGAGUUGUGGUGUGAUCCUGUACGCUCUACUGUGUGGGACUUUGCCUUUCGACGAUGAGCACGUGCCCACUCUUUUCAAGAAGAUUCGUGGAGGAGUCUUUUACAUCCCUGAGUACCUUAAUCGCUCUGUGGCCAGCCUGCUGAUACUUAUGCUCCAGGUAGACCCUCUGAAGAGGGCCACAAUCAAAGACAUCAGAGAGGAUGAGUGGUUCAAGCAGGAUCUUCCCAGCUACCUGUUCCCAGAGGACGCUUCCUAUGACAGUGCUGUGGUCGAUGAGGAAGCUGUUCGAGAUGUUUGUGAGAAGUUUGAGUGUGCCGAGGCCGAAGUGCUCGGCAGCCUGUACAGCGGUGACCCGCAGGACCAGUUGGCUGUCGCUUAUCAUCUCAUUAUCGACAAUCGUCGUAUCAUGAACCAGGCCAGUGAGUUCUACCUGGCCUCCAGCCCACCUGCUGGCUCCUUCAUUGACGAGAGCAUGAAACCACACCCUGAGAGGAUGCCACCACUUUUGGCAGACAGCCCCAAGGCCCGUUGCCCACUGGACGCCCUGAACACCACCAAACCCAAAUCUCUGGCAGUGAAAAAGGCUAAGUGGCAUCUUGGUAUCCGCAGUCAAAGCAGACCCUACGACAUCAUGGCUGAAGUGUACCGUGCCAUGAAGCAGCUUGAUUAUGACUGGAAGGUGGUAAAUCCUUAUCACCUGAAGGUGCGCAGAAAGAACCCAGUGACUGGAAACUUUGUGAAAAUGAGUCUGCAGCUCUAUCAAGUGGACAACCGCAGUUAUCUACUGGAUUUCAAAAGCAUUGAUGAUGACAUCAUCGAGCUGAAAUCUGGCUCGUCUACACCUCAGCGCUCAGGCUCAGCUGCACGUCUCCAUCGACCCCGUCUCAGCAUCGACUCGGCAACCGUCGCUAUUGAUGUACCGCCUCUCAGCAGCUCGUUGCCGUGCUCUCUGCCGGGCAACAUGCCAAUGCUAGCACCGCGACAGGGCAGCCAUACCAUGGACUUCUUCGAGAUGUGCGCCAGUCUAAUCACCACGCUGGCACGCUGAAACUCCACACACAUGCACACACACUCAUUCACAAACCCAUUCAUUCACGCACAGAGACAGGAACCUGUAGUUACGUUGCUGGGUUAAAUCACAUGACCUUAGUAGAUUUAGCCACAGUUCUCACACAGAGAGUUAGACAGGAUUAUAGGCAUGAUGCUCGCUGCUAGACUGUUCCUUGUAGCAGUACUCCAUUCUGGGGCCAUACCCGGUUUCAGAGUGCGUCAUCGGUUUUUUGUUUUUCUAUGCAUAACAUUUUGAUAAUAUAAUCUAUUUAUAUUCUCUUUAUCAAUCACUUUAGUAGCUGAGUUGCUAGUUGAUUGCAAUCGCAUACCAAAAAUUAUGUUUAUAUGCAUUUGAAGAGAGGAUUUUCUUUUUUGCAUUUAUGAUUUUAUUAGAUUAUUUAUUUUUUAGAGAUAUUUUAUGUCGACUUUAUUUAUAAUCGAGUGAUAAAUGAAUUGCUGGUUUUACUGUGGAAUGGUUUGUCGUGGUAAGCGUUAAAGGCACAAAGCCAGUCAGCAAAUACACAUCAUUGACGCUCUUGUUGAGCUCGAGUAACAGAAGUAUGCAAUUCUAAGGAUUUUUCAUCUGUAAGUAAAUAUAGAUGGGCUUUC